AGGCUUUAUAUAUAUAUCUGUCUCGUCCCGCUCUCCAGCGCCCCCUGCCGGAGCCCCGCGGCAUCGCCGCGCACCUACACUGCGCAUGCGUCGCUCGAAGGCCUCGCUCGGCUCACACACAAUUUAGCGGUUUUUGCAGACUGGAGAGCUUGAGCUGCGGUGCUUCUACGGCUCUGCGUCGCCGUCCGGGUGCGCUUCUUUUCGGGGGGAACGAGCUCCUUCUACGCCCGGAGUGUCGCGGAGGAAACGUGAGGGCAUCAUGGGAAACGCGGAGAGCGUGGUGGUGAAGAAGCGUCUGGCCCGCUUCCGCCCCGGCGAGCUGCCGGCGGUGGAGGGCGUCUUCCACAGGCUGCUGGGCGCCUCGGCGGCGGGGGAAACCGCUCUGACUCUGGCGAUGCUGCAGUCCUCCAUGGGCAGCGUGGCGCCGGACUCCAUGGUGAGGAGGCUCUACCGCUGCAUGUGCCGCAUCGACCCGGCAGCUGCAGGCGAAGCCGCCGCCGCGGCGUCCUCCGCGGUGAGCCGGGAGCAGCUGGUCAUCUUCCUGGCCGACGUCCUGCGAGGCACCGCCGAAGAGCGGGCUCCCCUCGUCGUGGCCAUGUCCCAGCGCGGGGACGAGGCCGGGGCGUCUGUGCCGCGCGAGCGGCUGGCGGAGUUCCUCCAGGACCUGAUUUCGGCUGUAGUCCAGACCCUGGUCCACAGGGGGCACCUGCAGGCCUGGCAGCCGGAGAAGAUGGGUGACCAGUCGCGGGGCGUCGAACUCCUGGCGGAGCAGAUUUGUUCUGAACUCGGACCCUCGGAUCAGGCAGGUCAUGACGUUUCCUCUGUGGAGGACUGGAUCUUCAGGAUGUCCCAGGUGUCGUCGUACCUGGAGAUGCUGGUGGCCGAGGGCCUGGACGUGUCCCUGGGCGGCCGGCCGGCCCCCCGCCUGCUGCCCCCCUGCAAAGAGACGCCCUGGAGAGACCUGACGCGCGUGCUGCUGGACGUUCCCACCCUGAUGUUUCUGGCCGCACAGCUGCCGGACGGCUGCAGCGCCCCCUGGAGGCUGGUGUUCUCCACGCAGCUGCACGGGGAGAGCUUCGCCCGCAUGGCGAGCGGCCUGACGAAAGGGGGCGGCCCCACGCUGCUGCUCGUCAGAGACGCCGGGGGCCACGUGUUCGGGGCCUUCGCCUCCCGCGGCUGGGAGGUCAAGCCCCAGUUCCAGGGCGACUGGAGGUGCUUCCUGUUCACUGUCUCCCCCCGACUGCGAGUGUACAAGGCGACCGGGAACAACGAGCACUACAAGUACCUCAACCACGGGCAGCAGACCAUGCCCAACGGCCUGGGAAUGGGCGGUCAGCACGGGUACUUCGGCCUGUGGCUGGACAGCGACUUCGGCCGCGGCCACAGCCGCGCGCGGCCCAAGUGCACCACCUACGGCAGCCCCCGGCUCUCCGGCGAGGAGGACUUCUCCGUGGACUCGGUGGAGGUGUGGGCGGUGGGCAGACCCCCCGCGCCGGAGGAGGACGAGGACGGCGGCUGCAGGAAGAGCGUCCUGGAUGCGGAUCUAGAGGUCCAGGCCAUGAUGGAGAUGACGGGGAAGACCCUGCACAGUCAGGGCCUCAGGGAGCCGGAGGAGGACCAGUGAGGGGCCUCAGGGAGCCAGAGGAGGAGGAGGAGGACCAGGGAGGGGCCUCAGGGAGCCGGAGGA